GCCCCUCGCAGCAGACAGACGUGCCGUCCCCGGAGUGCCGUCCCACGUCAGUGACUGACUUACGGAGAGUAUCCACCAGCUACCAGGUUGUCGAUGACUCGUCGUCAGUGAGAGCCUCAACAUGUCUGGCUGUCCCAUGGCCGCCCUGGCCGCUCGGAAGGCGGCGCCCUCUAGUAACUCUGGCGCCCCCGUCCCGGCGCCACCCCGGCAGAACUCCUUCCAGCUAGCAGAGGACGAGGACACUUCUACCCUAAAGCUAAAACACCUCAGCGAGGCCAUCGCCAUGCUGACCAACCCCAGGAAUUCUGUUCUGCAGAGGGCCGUACAAUCCCUUCUAUCAAAACCGAAACACAAUCAUUUUUCUCGAUACUUGAGUCACUUACCACAGGACGUCUCUUGUUCACAGUACCGCUAUCUGGAGGACAUUGCAGACGCCCUCGCCUACUCCCCUGAUGACUGCCACGAGUUUUUGUCACUACUUGGGGAAGAGCUGAUAUUUAACUCAGAGGACAGACCGAUGAUGGACAAGGCAUUCCGUAGUCUAGGAGUCACAUUUCUGGAGUUUCUCACAACUCUGGACGGCGUCCUGGACGUCCUGCAGGGGCAGACGGAGGACAAACAGGCCGCUUCUUUCAUCUGCACGCCGGGUGCCAUCACUGGCGCUCUAGACCUGGUGUUGACCACUGAGAGACCUCCCGUCGCUCACCUCAUGGUCGGGUGUCUAAGAGCCAUCGCCGCCAAGUUGUACUCCACUCAGAUCAUUGUAUCCCUCAUACCUGACGAGCUCGACCACAAGGUCUACAGGUACGAGAUCACCGCAGUGGCAGACCUCGAGGACGACGACUCAGACGUGGUGACUCAGCCCAAGAUAGAAGCCGCAUUGUCAGACAAGGCCGCGGACCUGAGGAUUGGAGUAGCCAGCUUCUGUAAGGCCUUCCCUUGGCACUUCAUCAUCGACCGUCGCCUCCAGUUUGUGCAGCUUGGCUCGGGCUUCAUGAGGAUCUUCGGACGCCUCUUGGCUGAGAAAGGCUUGUCCGUGGAGACAUAUUUCGAGUUCAAGAGGCCCUGGGGAGUAGAGGUGUCCUUCAGAGGAAUUCUUCAGCGAGCCAACUCACCGUUCCUGCUGAUGAUCACGAAGGUGGACCCUCGUUCAUCAUCGUUAGCUCAUGGUCUGGAGCUGAAGGGCCAAAUGGUCUACUGUCCUGAGUCCGACUCCAUUCUGUUCGUUGGCUCACCGUCCCUCAACGGUCUGGACAGUCUGAACGGUCGGGGACUGUUCAUCUCAGACAUCCCUCUGCAUGACGCUACAAGAGACGUGGUGCUUGUUGGAGAACAGGCGCGCGCACAGGACGGUUUGAAGAGACGAAUGGAUAAACUGAAGAACUCAAUCGAAGAGGCUAGUCUCGCCGUAGACAAAGAGAGAGAGAAGAAUGUCAGUCUGUUACAUCUCAUCUUUCCUCCAGACAUCGCCAAACGUCUUUGGCUAGGUGAGACUAUAGAGGCCAAACACCACGAGAAUGUGACGAUGCUGUUCAGUGACAUUGUAGGCUUCACCUCCAUAUGUUCCACGGCAACACCGUUCAUGGUCAUAUCUAUGCUGGAGAAUCUAUACAAUCAGUUCGAUCUUUUCUGUGGCCAGCUUGAUGUUUAUAAGGUUGAGACCAUAGGAGACGCGUAUUGUGUAGCGGCGGGUCUACACAAGGAGUCUAAGACACACGCUCAACAGACUUCCUGGAUGGCCAUCAUGAUGAUCAAUACUUGUCCUAAGCAUCUAACACACCAAGGCGUUCCUAUCAAGAUGCGGAUUGGUCUGCACUCCGGUACAGUUUUGGCGGGAAUUGUCGGUGUCAAGAUGCCGCGUUAUUGUUUGUUUGGCCACAACGUCACCAUAGCCAACAAGAUGGAGUCGCACAGCGAGGAAAUGAGAAUCAACAUCAGUCCUACUACAUAUGAAUGUCUUAAAGACUUGCCAGGAUUUCACUUCGAGGCAAGGCCUAAAUCAUGUCUACCCGCUGAGUUUCCGCAAGACAACGAGGGAACUUGCUACUUCCUCAAUCGCUACACUCACCCCUCCCUACCAGAGACCGCCCCUGUAGGGGAACAUGUGACUGCUGGCAUGGCCGAGGUCUUAUCACAGUAGACUCUUACUAUUGUGAUAGAAUAAAAUAGAGAAUCUGUCAAAAUACCUUGCAUUCUACAAAUAUCACCAAUACACUAGUGGCUUGGGGAGCGAGCUGGGCUUGAUGCAGACCGUGGGACUUGAAUCCCCGAACUCACUGGUUCAAAUCCUGCCAAAUCACCAACGGAUUUGAUCCAAGUGAUAAUGCCGCAACCCCUAGAUCUAGCCUGAAGUAAUGUGAAAAACAAUCCCGGGCUGGUGUCUAUCUUCCUAGAACAAAAAACUACACUAGUUGUUUGGUUGUUUAUCUAGUAAUACGACUCUACUUCACAAACAUUGUUUUCUGGUGCCAACUCUAAUAUUAUUCUGUACUGAGGACUUAACUUCAAUAUUUCUUAAGGCUACUGGGUUGCCUACUGUCGAAGAAUGUUGUUAAUAUUGUAAUGCAUUUUCUUAGAUUAUUGCUGUAAUAUACACAGUAACUUAAAAACUAGGACUUAAUCUUAAAAUUAUCAACUUAAAUAUAUAUCAACUUAUAAAUUUAUAACUUAUUUAUAAGCCCAAGAGGUAAAUCUUUUCGUCUUAUCCCCUUGACAAGGUUGACCCAAGUGAAAAUACUUAAAGUUCCUAUAGGUUGCAACAUUUUCACCAACUUUCGUUUGGUGUCCAGUUUAGGUCUUAGUUUAGCUGCAAGUCUCGUAUAACACCUAGUCUAAUACUCACACUAGUUUAGUUUGAAUAGAUUUUCAACGGUAGUUUAUUAAGUUUUAAACAAGUUUACUAAAAUAUUAAUAAUAGGGGUGGCAUAAGACCCAUGUGUAAUAUUUGUUAGAGUUAACACCGGACAUUUUAAAACUUAUCUUUUUGAUGAGUAAACCAUAAUAUUUUUAUCAAUUACUUAAAAUUGUACUUCACGUAUUUGAUUAAGGAAACCUCAGUGUUUAUGGCGGUUCAUAUUUUUCAUAGAGUGUGAGACAGCAUCUAAUAUCUAAUCUUGGAUAAGAUAACUAUUCAAUUUAAAAAAAAAAUUCAAGUUAAACAAAUUUAUAAAUGUAACAUAAUUUUGUAAGUAAUAUUAAUGAAUUAUUAAUAUUACACUACUGACAUAAAUACAGACUACGAAACACUAGGAUGUUGGCGAUAAUGAAUAUAAUUUGUACAAAGCCUGGAAGUGCUUGUCCAAUAUAUGACAUUACUAUGGCAAAAUAUUUUACAAAUAUUUCUUUGUAAUAAACCUACCUUUUUAAGAAAUAUAUUUAUGAGCAAUAACAAACAACAUUUCUACUUAUAUGGACCAAUUAUGUAAGUAUUAAUACAACACUAAGAUUACGUACCAGAACCUAUGAAGGUUCAUUGGACUGUAGGUAAUUAAAUCGUUCAUUACACGCAAGUAUAGAAGUUCUAUUGUUGUAUAAAUUAAUCAAAAACAUUUUAAGAAGCACACGUAUACACGAUCAAAACGCAAAGUUAAUGUAGUAUUAUUUAAGACUUUUAUAAGAAGUAUGGUGUAUCUUAAUUAUGUACAUUUUAAUAUUUCCUCUUACAAUUAUACUAUGUAAUACAUUAAGGGACCACGUCCAUAUGCAGGAUAAGCUUUCACACCAGUUUCUUUGAUACGAUGGGAAAAUACAUUUUUCUCUCAAGAUAAUACACAUUAUACUGUAAUACAUUGUAUAAAAAGCAACGAUAUUAAUGUUUGAACAUUUUAUUUAUCAUAGUAUGUAUAUUGUAAAUUCAUAAAAAUUUAAAAUAAUUCGAUCAAAAUACUUAGAAUUUGCGUAACCUUACUUGUUUCUUCAAUCCUAAUUUAAAUAUUUCUACACAUCAAUUUUUUUUAGUAAGUAAAAUAAAAUAAAAACUAUUCAUUUGCUCAUCCUGGGCUGUAAAAUAAAAAAAGUUUGUUUUAGUAGAAAGUAAUCUCAAACCGAAUUAGAUUUUGUUGAACAUUUUGUAUGAAAAUAAAUCAAGUCACGCCAAAAUGACAUUUGUAACUUUUUAUGUAAACAUACUCUCUGAACGCAAAGCAAGUGUGUACCAAUAAUACGCCAAGGUUAGUUGUUUGAAACUUUUGCGUAUAUUUGGAUGUUUUAUACAAUUAGGUUUUUGAUAAAAAAAAGUAAAUAGAAUAUGGAUUGGUUUUAUUUGUAAACGAAAACUGUAGUGUAAAAUAUGUAGAAGUUGAGGUGUCAUGGUUUGGGAUGUGGAUUUUCCUGUGUUCGAUUUUAAUAACAAAGUAUCAUAGAUUAAAUGGUUCAAGUAAUCACCUUCCAUCUUAAGAAGGAUCCAUUAUGGGCUUAGUUUGUAUGCCACAUUCAUGCUUCCUAAUCAUGCUUUCUAGCAGCGAGUACAGAACAGUUCCCUUGGAUAAAUCGCGAUUCAAUGCCAUUGUAUAAGUUAUAGCCUACUAAAAACAUUUUUUAAUUAAAAUAUUUGGAAAAAAAAUAUUUUAAGAGACUGCCGAGUCUGGGGACAAACGAAUAACUCGGCUGAUAUAUACGGAUAAAAACAAUUAUACUUUGUUGGUAGUCAUUUUAUUUUAACUUUUCUAAAGCCUACAUAACUCGAGAUUAUUUGUGUCAGUGUGAUUUCAAAACUAAUUAGAGUACUGUAUAAUAACAUGCAACACAAACCGCCAAAAUUACUUAACAAUUUGCUUUGAUUAGUUCCUUUUGUCAUUGAGUGUGCCUUAAGUGGUCCAAGAGUAGGAGGUUAAACUGUCACAAUUAUUUCAUAGACAAAUGUAAUAUGCUUUCUCAGUGUAGAAAAUCUGUUCAUUAAUUUCUGCUUUCCUCAUUUUAAACUCUUUUGCUGUCUAAAAAAGUAAAUCUCACAUACCUUAUUUAUACUUAGACUAUUACGAUAUUUUACUACGAAUUUAUGUUUCACUGAGUCCUUUCCUUUAUUUAUUUUGGUUACACAAUAAGUUACCAUACAUGUUAUUUUAACAAUACAUAGAAUGAAAUAGUCUACGAGGAUUUAUAAAUACAAUCAACAUAACUAUCCAUGUAUGUUUGCUAUAUUGUUAAUUCUUCAACUUAAGAUUCUCGAGAGCAAGAUACGCUUAAUAAGGUUGGCAAAUUACCUAUUGUUCUGUAUGGAACCUUUAUUACGUGUUAAUUGUAAGAGUCAGUGUCAAAAUAAGUGUAACUUCUCUUAUUGAAUGAAAGUCUUACAAGACGAAGACCAAAGCGACUAUAUUCUUGUACAUAACCUUCGCCUGUAGCAAAAGGAUGCCUUAUGUACUAUACUAUACAAAGCUUUCUAAUACUACUAUAAGUACAAGGUUGUGACUGGUAGGCAUUAUGCCACAGAUGUAUUGUCUAUUCAAGUUAGAGAAUAAAUGUAAACA